AUGAUCUCAAUCAGUUUUAAUCGUAUUGAUCCAUUAUUUAUGUAUACACAAUUGUUAAAAGAAGCACUUUUGGAAAUCGAAGAUGAUGAUACAAAAUCAAUUAAAGAACUCGUUGACUACUGUCGUCUUCAUAGUGAUGCUGCCGAAAAAACACUCGAAAAGAUCGAAAAAGAAUAUUGUAAUCAUACAUCCAUUUGGUGGUACACGGGUCCAUAUUUUAUCUACUCAAUGCUCAAUCGUGGUCUUCGACUAAUGGAUGUUGAUAUAAUAAUGAAAUUAGGUUUUUUCAUUCGACAUCUACAUAAUCAUAUCACACAAUUACAUCGUGAACAGCAAAGUAGCAAAGUAGCCAUGCCAUCGAAAUUUCAAGUUUUUCGUGGUCAAGGCUUAUCCAUGGAAGCCUUUGAAAAAAUGAAGAAAACCAAAGGUGGACUUAUGUCGUUUAAUAAUUUUCUGUCGACAAGUCGUAAUCGUGAGAUUUCUUUCGAAACCUAUGCACAAUCGGCAGCAUUGGAUACGAAUUCAGUUGGUAUUCUCUUCGUUAUGAACAUCGAUACGGCCAUUUGCACAGCUUCAUCGACACCUUUCAUCAACGUGAAAAAUGUUGGCUUCUACGACGAUCAAGAAGAAGAAAUUCUUUUUUCGACACAUACAAUUUUUCGCAUCGAUCAUAUAGAACGUAUUGAAGACAAGCAUACAGAUCGUUUCUGGCAAGUCAAUCUCACCCUCACUGGUAAUCAAGAUAAUGAUUUUAACAAACUUACAGCACAUUUACGCGAAGAACUUGACGUCGUGGGAACAGGGUGGUCUCGACUGGGUCAAAUUCUUAUUAAGUUGGGUGAGCCUGCAAAAGCAGAACAUCUCUAUCAGCUGCUCCUUGAGAAGGCAUCUUCUGAUGGAGACAAAGCGCAGUAUAAUAGUCAACUUGGCUCGGUGUAUCAAAGCAUAGGAGAAUACUCGAAGGCAAUAACAUUUUACGAAAGAGCAAUCUAUAUGCACAAGAAAAUGAGUCCACCGAGUCAGCUCAACUUGGCUGCUUCCUACGGCAACAUAGGUUCGGUGUAUAAUAACAUGGGCGAGUACUCGAAAGCACUUUCAUCGUACGAACCAUUACUUGAAAUCCAAAAAAUAGCUGUUCCUCCGAAUCAUCCUAGCUUGGCUGCUUCCUACCACAACAUCGGUUUGGUGUAUUAUAACAUGGGCGAGUACUCGAAAGCACUUUCAUUGUACGAACAAUCACUUGAAAUCCGAAAAAUAGCUCUACCUUCGAAUCAUCCCGACUUCGCUCAAUCCUACAACAACAUUGGUUUGGUGUAUAAUAACAUGGGCGAGUACUCGAAAGCACUUUCAUCGUAUGAACGAGCACUUGAAAUCGAAAAAAUAGCUCUCCCUCUGAAUCAUCCCAACUUGGCUGCUCCCCACCACAACAUCGGUUUGGUGUAUUAUAACAUGGGCGAGUACUCAAAAGCACUUUCAUCAUACGAACGAGCACUUGAAAUUGAAAAAAAAGCUCUCCUUCCAACUCAUCCUGACUUGGCUGCUUCCUACAAUAGCAUCGGUGUAGUGUAUAAUAAAAUGGGCGAGUACUCGAAAGCACUUUCAUCGCACGAGCGAUCACUUGAAAUCCGAAAAAUAGCUCUCCCUUCGAAUCAUCCCGACUUGGCUCAGUCCUACAACAACAUCGGUAAUGUGUAUUACAACAUGGGCGAGCACUCAAAAGCACUUUCAUAUUACGAAAAAGCACUUGAUAUCGACAAGAAAGUUCUUCCUCCGAAUCAUCCCUCGUUGGCUUCUUCCUACCACAACAUCGGUUUGGUGUAUAAAAACAUGGGCGAGUACUCGAAAGCACUUUCAUCGUACGAACGAUCACUUGAAAUUCGAAAAAAAGCCCUCCCUCCGAAUCAUCCCGACAUGGCUUCUUCCUACAACAACAUCGGUAUGGUGUGUGAUAACAUGGGGGAGUAUUCAAAAGCACUUUCAUCGUAUGAACGAGCACUUGAAAUCAAAAGAAUAGCUCUCCCUCCGAAUCAUCCCGACUUGGCUGCUUCCUACCUCAACAUCGGUUCGGUGUAUUAUAACUUGGGCGAGUACUCAAAAGCACUUACAUCAUACGAACGAUCACUUGAAAUCAAAAAAAUAGCUUACCCUCCGAAUCAUCCCGACAUGGCUUCUUCCUACAACAACAUCGGUGCGGUGUAUGAUGACAUGGGCGAAUACUCGAAAGCACUUUCAUCGUAUGAACGAUCACUUGAAAUCCAAAAAAUAGCUCUCCCUUCGAAUCAUCCCGACUUGGCUGGUUCCUACAACAACAUCGGUUUGGUGUAUUAUAACAUGGGCGAGUACUCGAAAGCACUUUCAUCAUACGAACGAUCACUUGAAAUCAAAAAAAUAGCUCUCCCUCCGAAUCAUCCCGACUUGGCUGCUUCCUACAACAACAUCGGCAUGGUGUAUGAUAAAAUGGGCGAGUACUCCAAAGCACUUUCAUAUUACGAAAAAGCACUACAAAUCAAGAAAAUUGCUCUUCCCCCAGCACAUCCAAGUACUGCACGCACAGAAAGAAACAUUGAACUUCUGAAAAAGAAAAUGUAA